UCCACAUGCGUAGUGGCCCUGUUUUUCUCUGCGAAGUACAGUUUAUCUAUUCUGAUGUCGCGCGUAGAAUAACGUAUAGGCUGUGACGAAUAGUGACGGCUAUAUCCAUUCAAGACCGACCUAACACGUUAUCGAUUUACGUGAAGUUUUAGUGCUUCACGUAGUGAACUUGGUACAAUUUUAGGCCCGUCAUCGAGGUCGAUUCAUAAUAAUCUUUUACAAAAGAAAUUACUGUUUUUCCAUAAUAACUGUAUGAGUCAUUCCGUAAGUUGAUCGUCCCACCGUUCAUUCUGUUGACAGGAGUGUGACAACGGAGUAGAUAACAUUCUUUCGAUGAUCGAAUGGUCAUCGUGUGAUACAUUCCUGUGAAUUUUUGCCAUCUACGAAUUUUUCGUGUCAACGUAUUGAAAAAAAUAGAUAAUUCCAAUUGCAAUUAUCAACCGUUUUAAUUAUCGAGCUUUGAGAAUUGUGAAAGUGACUUUUACUGCAACUGAUUGCUCCAAUGUGUUAACCAGCAAACAAAUAACCUCUUUAAGGGGUUACUCUUUCUCUCUUUUAUACAGUGGAAAGUAAUUCAAUAAUUACUACAUAGCCUAAUUAAAAAAUCAGUCAAUAUGGAUAUCGGGUUUUCAUCGUACCACAAUGGUGGUCCCGCCAGGGACCAAGAUUUUACCAAAUUGUCAUCAACAAUUGGUUCAUCAAUUUUAAAGAUAUCUCAGAGCGUAUCUUCUAUGCAAAAAAUGGUUAACCAGCUGGGUGGUUCAACGGAUUCCCAAGAACUUCGAAAUCAAUUGCAUCAGAUACAACAUUAUACACAGCAAUUGGCAAAAGAUACCAGCGUACAUCUUAGGGACUUAGCUAUAAUAGCUACCAAUUCAGGAUCAACUAGUCCUGGAGAACAGAGGCAACGUAAAAUGCUAAGGGAGCGCCUUCAUGAAGAAUUUACAAGCGCAUUAAAUUCUUUUCAAACUGUACAAAGGCUUGCAGCUUCCAAGGAGAAGGAAAUGGUUAGGAAAGCCAAGGCAAAUGCAGGUAUUGCACCAUUCGGAGAGAAGAAACAGGAGACAUUGAUAGAAUUACAAGACAGUCGUACCCAAAAGCAAAUGCAACAACAGCAACUGAAAGAAGAACAAAAUUUACGAUUGUUAGAAGAACAAGAAGCAAGCAUAAGACAAAUAGAGAGCAAUAUCAGCGACAUUAAUCAGAUCUUUAAAGAUCUUGGUACUCUAGUCUAUGAUCAAGGAGAAAUGAUUGAUUCCAUAGAAGCUUCGGUUGAAAGGACAGUAGUAUCUGUCAAUGAAGCUACAUCACAUGUAAGGCAAGCGGGCAUUUAUCAGAAUAAACUGCGCAAGAAAAAAUGUGUACUAGUUGUUAUUGGAGUAAUCGUGCUUUCUAUAUUAAUCGGAAUUAUAGUUUGGCAAAGUUCUUAAAUUUGUUCAAAUUACGAAUGAUAAACUCGUGCGGUAGUUGAUGUUACAGGGAUAGCUGCAUCGUAACUGCAAGGUACCAUACAUUUAUAUACUUUCGGAAAAGGGCCCUGAUUUAUUUACAAUUGCUUUAAAACUGUUCGAGACAAAGUAUAAUACUAUCGAGGGGAAUGAACGCAAAGAAACUUGCAUCAUUCUGUAUCUUACUGAUGACAUUCUUGUAAUUGUGAUAAUAAAUGGUGCAAGAUCUAUUUUGCAAGUAACGUGUACAAUGGCAAGUCUGAGACUGCCCUGUCCAUUUGUACAUUUCAUCACUCAUUGCAUAAUACUAGUUCAUAAAUACAAGCAUAAAAAUAUAUGCAUAUACACAUAGAUCUAUUGACGGUAUAGUUGUGAUUAAUAUUCCAUCUGAUUUUAACAAAAAUUUACUCAGAAAGUACGGAGAUUCAUUUUAAAUAUUGCCUGUGUAUACUUUGAAAUGAGAACCUUACGUGAUAUGUAUGAAUCUGUAUGAAAUGAAUGUAUUGAUAUAAUCAUUAUAUAGUAUGUAAGCGUGUUCCGAACGUCCUAUAAAAUGUUAUUAAUUAUAUUGCGAAGAAUCAAUUAAUAAGGGUAUGUCACAUGGCAGAGAAUAUGAACGAAGUAAGUUUAUUUAUUAUAUUUAAGAAUGUUGAUUUAUUUUAAUCAAAAUGUAAUAAACUAUAUAAUACACGGUUCAUUGUAUGAAAUU